AUGUCUAUUACUUUGAACUCAGGUUAUGAAAUGCCCUCGGUGGGUUUUGGCUGCUGGAAGGUCGACAAGGCCACCUGUGCUGACACCAUCUAUAAUGCUAUCAAGGUAGGAUACAGAUUAUUUGACGGAGCCGAAGAUUACGGUAACGAAAAGGAAGUCGGAGAAGGUAUUAACAGAGCACUUGACGAGGGAUUGGUUGCUAGAGAUGAGCUUUUCGUCGUUUCCAAGCUUUGGAACUCGUUCCAUGACCCCAAGAAUGUGGAAAAGGCAUUGGACAGAACAUUGAGCGACUUGAAGGUGGACUACCUUGAUUUAUUCUUGAUCCACUUUCCAAUUGCCUUCAAAUUUGUUCCUUUUGAGGAAAAGUAUCCUCCAGGAUUCUACUGUGGCGAUGGUGACAAGUUUAUCUACGAGGGUGUGCCAAUCAUUGACACUUGGAGAGCAUUGGAGAAGAUGGUCGAGAAGGGUAAAAUCAGAUCCAUCGGUAUUUCCAACUUUCCUGGUGCAUUGAUCCAAGACUUGUUGAGAGGUGCCAAGAUCAAGCCAGCAGUGUUGCAGAUCGAACACCACCCUUACUUGCAACAACCAAGAUUAAUUGAGUACGUUCAAUCUCAAGGCAUCGCCAUCACCGCAUACUCAUCUUUCGGACCUCAAUCUUUUGUUGAAUUGAACCACCCUCGUGUCAAGGAUGUCAAGCCAUUGUUCGAGCACGAUGUUAUCAAGUCUGUGGCUGAAAAAGCCAACAAGACUCCAGCACAGGUAUUGUUGAGAUGGGCCACCCAAAGAGGACUUGCCGUGAUUCCCAAGUCCAACAAUCCCGAUAGGUUGUUGAGCAACUUGAAGGUGAACGACUUUGACUUGUCGCAAGAAGAUUUCAAGGAAAUUUCCAAGUUGGACAUUGAAUUGAGAUUCAACAAUCCUUGGGACUGGGACAAGAUUCCAACUUUUGUGUAA